UUUCUUAUUUAGUCUCACUCACUAAAUUGUGGUGUUUUUCCAUUCCCUCUUUCAUGCAUGUUUUUAUUUAUUUUCCAUGUCUGUUCCCCAUUUUUGUAACCUCCAUGUGCUCCUCCGCCUAAAUGUACUUUCUGUCUCAGUCUCAGAUGAUUUGUUGGAGAGUCUAAAGAACAUGCUGCAGGCCAGCCUCUUGACCCCUGACCCCAUGUCUCGCCCAUCUCUCAGCAGUUUGCUGACUCACAAGUUCUUCAGAAAUGACUUCUUAGAUAUCAUGAAUUUUAUGAAGAGUUUGACCCUGAAAAAUGAGGAGGAGAAGAAUGAAUUCUUCAAGUUUCUCUUGGACCGGGUUCAGAACCUCCCAGAGGAGUUAAUAGCUACACGUCUGGCUCCUAAAUUGCUCAAUUCUUUGGUGUUUGCGGAGCCCAUGGCUGUCAAAAGCUUUCUUCCUCACCUCUUACGGCCUAAGCAAGACUCGAGUGUGAGCGCCGGUGAGGAGUGUCUUCUGUCUUUGUCUUUGUAUCGGAGAUACGUGGUUCCUCAGCUCCUUAAGCUCUAUAAGGUGAAUGAGGAGCACGUCAGGAUUGUGCUUCUCUCCCACAUUCACAUCUAUGCUGAGUUCUUUCCUCACGAAGAACUGAAAAAUCAGAUUCUUCCUCAGGUUUUGCUGGGAAUGAGAGAUACGAAUGACUCACUCGUCGCAAUGACACUACAGAGUUUGGCUGUGCUUGUCCCGUUGCUGGGUGCCCAAGUGGUUGUUGGUGGGGAGAGGACUAAAGUCUUUAAACGGACUACGCCAAACUUCACCAAGUCCACAGAGGUCACCCCAGAGACAUCACCCGUGCAUACUGUUGGGCCCUCACAUCCCCACAUCUCACAACCACCAAAGGUCCUGAAUCUGUUCACUAAGAGCUCAGAGGACAAAAAGAUGGUUUUAGACAAUAUGUAUUCCUUCAAAGCAACUGAAAAGACCACCGCCCAGCACACCACAUCAGAAAGAGCAGUAUUUAGCAGCGAAAUGAAUGGGUGCAGAAUGGGCACACAAGCUGCAGACAACACGAAAACUAACAGCACGGUGAGAUCCGAUGAAGAUUGGCCUAACUGGAGUGACACAGAGGAGGCAGAAAAGGACAAGACCCAGUCAGUCCAGAUUAACAUUCGGUCAGCAGGCAUCCCUGGUCAGAGCAACUCCGCUUUAUCAGCUGACAAUGAGGAUGAAAGUGAGGAACCCUGGGAUGAUUUUGAAGACUCAGAAGUGACCUCAGACAGGUCACACUUGACUCCUUUACCAGUCUCUGUACCUAAGGCAUCAACAAAGAGCACUGCAAUAUCUCUGUCUGAAUCUAGUGCCGGACCUCCAAGGCAGUCAAAAGCACUCAAACUGAACUCUAGCGUCAGAAGCAAUCUAGAUCAUAACCAUAUCUCAUUAUGGGACACCGGUUGGAACCAGACAACUGACACCCUCAAACCCAGCAACACAAGUUUAGCAUUAGAGCCCAAGCCAAAAAGCACAAUCAAAAGCUCUGAAGCUGAAUGUCUUGGGCAGGAGUUCACAAUUGCAGUGAAGAAGAAGCCAGAGCCAGAUCCAGAGCUAGACUUCUUUGCAGACAUGGUCCCAGAUAUAAAGCUGUCUUCCUCAUCUCUUCUGCUCCCUGUGGAGAGCUCAGUCAGAGAACCCAAUACGGGACACACAUCAGACCCAUCAAUAGAUAAACUGAGACUUACUACCAAGUUUGCUGCUGCUGACUUGACUGAGACUGAGGCAGAAGGAUGGGGCGAUGACCUCAACUGGGAAGAUGAGAAUGCCUGGUGAUCAGUGUGGUCUUCUACAGAAAGCCAUAUGAGAGAUUUACUUUCAAGAAAACUGCUACAUAUGCCAUCAUGACAUUAUCACUAAAGACCAAUACAAAAAUGUAGUAACUACGAUUUAAGAGAGAAGUGUGUAUUGUAAGAUUCCCCCACCCUAUACGAUAUGAUAUUCAAUCUUUUGUUGCCAUAGAAAUUGUUCAGCUACAGAAAAAGGCUUUUGAAAGAUAGCAUGAUGGACCUAAACAUGCCAGAUCCUUUUAGGCGUCCUUCAGUCAUGUUGCACUGUGAAGGGGUAUUUAACCUGGAAAUGCAUACACUUCUAAUGUCAGGUUUCUUUGUGCCAUACCGUUUUUUUUUUUGUUUUUUUUUGGUUCAGUGAGCCUUAGAGGACACACAGCCUCAACUUGAGAAGAAAUAUACAGACUCUAAUUUGUGUUCAUUAGAUUUGAUGAGCCCAACCUAAUUUAUUUGUAUUAUCAGCUGCUUAUUAAAUAAAAUGGUUUUAUGGUAUUUGA